AUGCCCACAGUGGCAGCCAUGAAGUGGGGUCUGCUGUGGUUUUGUUUCUUCAGUUCGUCUGUUGAAAUCCAGGCAAAACUGGCUUACAACCAUGUCGACAACAUCUGCAGCACUUGGGGCCGGCAGCACUUCAAGACCUUUGAUGGUGAAGUGUAUCAGUUUCCAGGCUUGUGUGAGUACACCCUGGUGAAAGACUGCUCUGAAUCCAACAGGAAGUUCUCUGUGAACAUCAGACGAGAAGAAAAUGAUGGAAAUAGUACAAUCAGUCAUGUUGAGGUGACCAUCACUGAAAAUACAUUCGACUUGAAAAAGGAUGAAGUCACUGAAAAUGAGGAACCAGUCAUUCUGCCCCACUAUAGUGGGGGGGUUAAGGUAGAAGAAAGUGCAUUUUACAUCAAAGUUCAAGCUUCCAAAGUUGGCGUAACUGUGAUUUGGAACCGUGAAGAUUCAGUCACGGUGGAAAUUUCCAACAACUACUUUAACCGUACUUGUGGACUUUGUGGAGACUUCAAUGGUGUUCCGGUCUAUGAUGAGUUCAUUCACCAUGACCAGGUUUUGAAAAUCAGCUCAGUUGAAUUAGGAAACAAAUACAAAGUCCAUCUACCAAAUGAGGAAUGUAAAAACCUCCCUGUUGAAGACAAUGAGUCAGAGGAGGCAAAGAAUAGGACUGAGUCAUGCAAACAAUUUGAAACCGUCUGUAGGGAAAAGUUUUCCUCAGAUUCCUGGAGUUCAUGCACCCAGCUGAUUAGCCUUGAAGGUUUUAUCCAGGCCUGUGUGAUUGACAUGUGCACCUGUAACAACCCCAGCAAUGAAUCAUGUCUCUGCAGCACAAUAUCUGAGUUUUCUCGUCAGUGUUCCCAUGCAGGAGGACAGCCUCCAAACUGGAGGAGACCAGAUUUUUGUGGUAAACUUUGUCCCCACAACAUGAUAUAUGAAGAAAGUGUUUUUCCUUGCAUGGAUACAUGCACACAGGCACACACAAGAUCAGUGUGUGAGGAGCACAAAAUCGAUGGCUGCUUCUGCCCUCCUGGAACGGUGUUUGAUGAUAUAUCUGACAAAGGCUGCAUCCCUCAGUCUGAAUGUCAGUGCAAACAUGACAACAUCUACAGCAGCGGAGAGGUUUACCAAAAUGACAACACUAACUGUACCUGUUUAGAGGGGAGGUGGGAAUGUGAGAGUUCGGAAACACCUGCUACCUGUUCAGUUGAAGAAGGUUCAUAUUUUACAACCUUCGCUGGUAGAACCUAUACAUUUCAUGGAAACUGUCUUUAUACUCUGGCUAAGGUGGAAAGCAAGGAUGGAGUAAGUCCAAACUUUACAAUCCGGGCACAGCUGGGACCGUGUGACCAAGAUAAGUAUGACACUUGUCUGAAGACUCUUAAAAUCCAUCUGGACAGAGAUCAUGUAAUAGUUUUUACAUCUGAUGGUAAAGUUAAACAAAAUAGGGAUGAAGUCAGUUUGCCGUACUACUCAGGGGACAUCCGAAUUUUUCAUGCUUCAUCCUUUCAUAUCUUGCUCUACGCCAAGUUUGGUCUGCAAAUUCAGAUCCAGCGUCUCCCUGUCAUGCAAGUCUAUAUCAGUCUGGAGAGCGGUUACAAAGGAAAGACACAUGGUUUAUGUGGAAGCUUCAACAUGGUCUCCAACGAUGACAUGAAGACUCCUCAGGGCAUCGUGGAGGGCACGGCACUGACGUUCAGUAACUCCUGGAAGGCAAACACCUCAUGCUCUGGAGGCGAAGAAAGACACAGUGAUCCAUGUUCCAACAGUAUGAGUAUUGAGAAAUAUGCUAAAGACUGGUGUGAAAUGGUACGAAAUCCAAACGGCUCAUUUGCAAUAUGCCAUUCAGAUGUGGAUCCUGAGACCUACUACAAGCGCUGCCUUUAUUCCACCUGCAGCUGUGAGAAAAGUGAGGACUGCUUAUGCGCAGUCUUUACCUCUUACGGUCGAGCCUGUGCAGCACGAGGAAAGUUUGUAACAGAUUUUGGAAAUGAAUGUGAGAAACACACAGAGAGCUGUCCGUCAACCCAGAUCUUUACUUACAAUCAUCGGAGAUGUCAGCUGACUUGUAGUUCACUGAAUGAGGACCAGAAGAGCUGUACUGCACACUUCCUGCCUGUGGUCGGCUGUUUCUGCCCUGAUGGCCUCUAUCUAAAUGAAAAAGACGUUUGUGUACCCAAAGAGGAAUGUUCCUGUUACCAUGAUGGAGACUAUUUAGAUGCAGGAGCCUCUGUCAACUAUAAUUCUAAACACUGUGUGUGCACCAAUGGAAAGCUUCACUGCCAUUCCUCAAAAAAUCACUCCAUAGUAUGUUCGCCUCCAAAAGUGUACUUCAACUGCUCUGCGGCAAACCCCGGUGACUUUGGACCACAGUGCGCUCGAAGUUGUUUGAAUCUCGAUGAUGAUGUUUGUGAUGCAUCAGAAUGUGUAUCUGACUGUAUGUGCCCGUCAGACCAAAUUGAUGAUGGUCAGGGCUCAUGUGUAAAAAAUGAAAGUCAAUGUCCAUGCCAGCACAAUGGUCAGUUCUAUCAGCCUGGAGACAGAGUUCAUCAAGAAUGCAACCUCUGUAUUUGUGAAGAUGGACACUGGCAAUGCACCGACAACAACUGUUCACGGAGCUGCAUUAUAUAUGGAAGUGGACAUCACAAAACGUUUGACAUGCGAUUAUAUGAGUUUCAAGGACACUGUUCCUAUGUUGCUGUCAAGAACAAGUGCUCUAAUAAAACAUCAGAGCAUGACAUUGAAGUUAUCACCGAAGAUGAACCAUGCGGAUCCACAGGCACAACAUGUUCCAAAACUGUCAGAGUUCAGCUAGGGAAAAAUCUGGUCAUCUUCUCCAACGGUGAAAGUACAAAAGAGGUCCUGGAAAAUGGCACCCAUAUACCUUAUAAAAUAAUAGAUCGUGGCUUCUAUAUUGUUUUAGCUUCUGACAUCGGUCUAACAGUAAUUUGGGAUCGCAAAACAUAUUUUGUCAUCCAAUUGGAACCAAGUUACAAGGGUGAUGUAUGUGGACUAUGUGGAAAUUUUGAUGGUAAUGCAGAGAAUGACUUCACCACCAGGAGUGGGUUGGUAGUUAGCAACCCAUUAGAAUUUGCAAACAGCUGGAAAGGUGACAGCUCUUGCUCAGAUGUGGAAAAACUUGUUGAUGCUUGUGAAAAAAGGCCUCAUCGAGACCAUUGGGCAAAAAUGAAAUGCAACAUCAUAAAUAGCGACACAUUCCAAGAAUGCCACUCCAAGGUAGACCCACGUCCUUUUUAUGAAAGCUGUGUAAAAGACUCUUGUGCCUGUGACACUGGAGGGGACUGUGAGUGUUUCUGUUCAGCUGUUGCAGCUUACGCCCAAGCAUGUAAUGAUGCUGGUCUUUGCAUUGCAUGGAGAACUCCAGAAAUCUGUCCCGUCUUUUGUGAUUAUUACAAUGAACAACAUCAUUGUUUAUGGCAUUACCAGCCCUGCACUCCAACAUCAUAUCAAACUUGUUCAAACUACUUUAACCAUAUCCCAAGGCUGGAGGGCUGUUACCCCAAAUGUGAAGAUGGCCAUGUAUUUGAUGAGGAUGAAAAGGAAUGUGUACAAGCAUGGUCUACAACCAUAUUGUCAACAACAAUCACAGGAUCCACAACACCCACAAUUAAAUCAUCAACUCCAACACCUACUUCUACCCCAACAAUUUCAACCACCACCCCUACAACCGCUACAACAUCAUCAUCACCAACUACAACCACAGUAUCUACAACACCUUUGACUAAAUCUACAACUGAAAAACCUACAACUACGAAACCUUCAACUACUACCACAAUAUCAACUCAAUCAUCAACACAAUCUGAGUCUACCACUACAACUACAACAACCACAUCAACAGGGUCUACAACAACAUCCCCAACUAAAACUACAGAAUCCACAACACCCUCAACUAAGACUUCAACACAUACACCAACUAUCUCAACAACUCUGAUCACUACCACAUCAACAGGGUCUACAACCAUAUCGUCAACAACAAUCACAGGAUCCACAACACCCACAAUUAAAUCAUCAACUCCAACACCUACUUCUACCCCAACAAUUUCAACCACCACCCCUACAACCGCUACAUCAACUACAUCACCAACUACAACCACAGUAUCUACAACACUUUUGACUAAAUCUACAACUGAAAAACCUACAACUACGAAAACUUCAACUCCUACCUCAAUAUCAACUCAAUCAUCAACACAAUCGGAGUCUACCACUACAACUACAACAACCACAUCAACGGGGUCUACAACAACAUCCCCAACUACAACUACAGAAUCCACAACACCAACUCCAACACCUACUUCUACCCCAACGAUUUCAUCCACCAUCCCUACCACCACUACAACAUCUACUACAUCACCAACUACAACUACAGUAUCUACAACACCUUUGACUAACACUACAACUUCAACAACCACAUCAACAGGGUCUACAACAACAUCCCCAACUACAACUACAGAAUCCACAACACCCUCAACUAAGACUUCAACACAUACACCAACUAUCUCAACAACUCUGAUCACUACCACUCCAACACCUACUUCUACCCCAACAAUUUCAACCACCACCCCUACAACCGCUACAUCAACUACAUCACCAACUACAACCACAGUAUCUACAACACUUUUGACUAAAUCUACAACUGAAAAACCUACAACUACAGAAACUUCAACUCCUACCUCAAUAUCAACUCAAUCAUCAACACAAUCGGAGUCUACCACUACAACUACAACAACCACAUCAACAGGGUCUACAACAACAUCCCCAACUACAACUACAGAAUCCACAACACCCUCAACUAAGACUUCAACACAUACACCAACUAUCUCAACAACUCUGAUCACUACCACAUCAACAGGGUCUACAACCAUAUCGUCAACAACAAUCACAGGAUCCACAACACCCACAAUUAAAUCAUCAACUCCAACACCUACUUCUACCCCAACAAUUUCAACCACCACCCCUACAACCGCUACAUCAACUACAUCACCAACUACAACCACAGUAUCUACAACACUUUUGACUAAAUCUACAACUGAAAAACCUACAACUACGAAAACUUCAACUCCUACCUCAAUAUCAACUCAAUCAUCAACACAAUCGGAGUCUACCACUACAACUACAACAACCACAUCAACGGGGGUCUACAACCAUAUUGUCAACAACAAUCACAGGAUCCACAACACCCACAAUCAAAUCGUCAACUCCAACACCUACUUCUACCCCAACGAUUUCAUCCACCAUCCCUACCACCACUGCAACAUCUACUACAUCACCAACUACAACUACAGUAUCUACAACACCUUUGACUAA